AUGGCCAACAGAUCUCGCUACAUCGGGGAGGCUGGCGGCUGCGGCGCCACUCAGUCUAAUUACUUGCCACAAUCAGGUGAGCCCGUUCCAAAGUUUAUCGAGGUCAUAUUGAAGCAGGAGGACCUGGCGCAGGUCCCGGAGCUGCCGGAGCUGGGGGAGCUGGUGGAUAUGACGGCGGCGCAGGGCCUGGCGGAGCUAGUGGAUAUGGCGGAGGCGCGGGACCUGGCGGGGGCGUAGGACCUGGUGGAGCUAGUGGAUAUGGCGGUGGAAACAAUGCCGAUCUUGGCGGUAGCCUCGAUGUACCAAGCGCCGGUGGAGGGAUGGGCAGGGGCCGUGGAAUGAUGAGAGGACGCGGAAUGGCUAGAGGUGGAAUGGGCAGAGGCGGAUUUGGUCGUGGUGGCGGUGGCGUUGGCGGUGGCGUUGGCGGUGGCGGUGGCAGCGCGGAAGGCUUCGAGCCCGACGCCGCAGGUAGAGCUCCCUGAAAACUUUCCCAAGAAAUCUAUUUCAGGCGGCGCUCCUGGUGGUGCACAGGUCAUUGUGCAUCAGUGAGUGAUAUUUUUCACUUGUCAUUGUUUAAAAAAAAAUUCCAGUCAUAUGAUGAUAACGCCACAGAUGCGGCAGCAACAGAUUCUCCGUCAGCGGAAAGAGCAGGCUUUGGAGCUCCAGAACCUGCAAUUGCAGCAGCGUCAGCAGCAGGAACUCGCUCAACUUGCUAUACAACAGCAACAAGUCCAGCAGCGUCAGAAGCUCCAACAGCUCCAGCUCCAGCAACGCAGCAAUACUCUACAAAUGGUAGAGAAGCAAAGAAGCCAGAAUGCUCACUUUGGAGGUCCUUGUACCUGCCCUGGCGGCGUAUGCAUUCUGUAAGUGCGGAAAUGUUCUUGAAAAGUAAUUGUUUUCCUCUACAUGUUUUUAUUAUCGCAACCAGUCCUUUUCAUAAAAAAAAAUUUUUCCACUCGUCAAUCGACGUAGUCACGAAGUUAGCUAAAAAAAAAGUGUACUCUCAAAUUCAAUCUCGGUACGUAAUACGUAUAUUUAUAUAGUCCGUUCGGAUUUUGAAUGUCAAGUAGAAUGACGUCAUUCGAAAAAAAAAAUCUGAACAAACUAUAUAUCCUGUUCGUUUACUCACAGUGUGUAGAACUCGAUUUACCUUUGUCAGAAAAGGUUUGAAAAAUCAGUUUAAAACCCGAUCAAAUGCAGUUUCUACAAAUUUUCGUACCAAAUAUUUUCCAGGUGAUUCCUCUCCCGAUUUUAACCCCGAUUCUGCGCAACCGACACUGCUCUUCUUCAGUUUUUAUUGAAGAAUCUAAAUAAAUGAUUUUUUUCGAAAAAUUUUUUUGUACAAAUUUGAGAAGCGAUAGUUUGAAUCUCGACUUCUCAAAAACCUAAUUUAUUUCAUGAUCCACUUGGGGAACGAAGGAUUCAAUAAAAAGAAAAGAACCAGUAAAUGACGUGUUCAAAGUGAGUGAGAGUGAAAUUCAAAAUAGCUGCCCAAAAUAGCAAAAUAUGACUUAAUUUUGGAGAGUCGGAGAUGAUUUCGAAUUUCGCGGAAAAUACUGUGAACGCGGCAAAACGCGUGGAGAAAAAAAAAAUGAAUUUUUGAAUCAUUUUAAAGGCGCACGGAUAUGCUCACAAACUGUCUUCCACGCGACUGUUUUACGCUGAAUGGAAAAAAAUUUGACGCGCCGAUGCCGUGUUCAAUUUGAUUCCGCGAAAUGCAAAAUACCAGUUAGAGAAAGGAAAAGAUCACUAAAUUUUGGAGAGUCAGAGAUCAUUUUGCAUUUCGCGUAAAUUACUUUGAACACGGCACGAUGAACGCGCCUUUGCGUUGGAAAACGUUCCGUUUCUUCAAUUCAUAUGAACAGGCCGUGAAAUUUUUUUCAUUUUUGCUCUUUUUUUCUGUUUAUUCUUUUAAAAAAAUCUUAAUAACAUGAGUAAUCAUUAUUUUUAAUUCUUACUUUUUUUCGCAGCUAUUUGCGCGCAAACGCCUUGCAAAUGUAAAUUUCGUUCACAAUAAUGGAUAAAAAAACCCUUUUUAUAUAUAUAUAUAUUUUUUUGAAUAGCUUUCAGCUUUCUUGGGCCUUAAGACGCGUCCACAGGAAAAAAGAAACCUUUCUCGAAAAAAAAUAUAUAUAAAUUUGGUUCAACAAAAAGUGGACUGUUUUGGAGGGACCUCGAUGCCGAGGUGCGCGAUUUAACACUUUCUUUGCGUUUUGAAGGUUCCGAAUCUCCAUAACGAAAACGAAAAUCGGUCGUUUCUGAGCAUUUUUAGGAAUCACUUAAUAACGCUGACUCAACUAAAAAGUGGUCACUAGAUAUAGUCCGUUCAGAUUUUGAAUGUCAAGUCACUUCUAAAGCUCCACCCCUAAUGGCCCGAAAAGCCAAUCAGAGAGCGAGCCAUCCACAGAGCGCUUUCGAAUUACGUCAUUAUACUUAACAUUUAAAAUAUGAACAAACUAUAUGCCCUGACACGUCCGAUUCGCGCCCGGUUCGCGUUACCGAUCAGGGUUGCACGGAAUCCCAAUUUCCGCAAAAAUAAUUUAACUUCCGUCUCCCACAUUUCGUGUUCCGUGAAAAUCAAGAAAACUUGUUAAAAAGUGCGCUAUCUAUUUUAAAGAAUUGGUUUGGCAUGUUUUUUUCAAAAUUUUCAAACGAAGUUAGAGAGAAAAAUAGUUAUUAAUUUGGCCGAGCUGACUCAUCUGAAUAAGUAUUAGAAAAAAAAGUCGGAAUACGUUCAGAAAAUUAGUUGCUUGUCCUGAGCUCCGUCUUUUUUUUUCCUGUUUACCGCGUUCCGCGCAAAUAAAGUUAAUUCCGUAUUUCCGUCUUGCGCCUUCCGUUUGAAAAAAUUAACUUCCGUGCAACCCUGUUACCAAUGUCCGAGCUGUUCUGUUUCUCGGUUGAACCAUUAUUGAGUACUUUGAACUAUUUUUUCGGUAUUCGUUUCUAUUUUUUGUACAUCAUGUUAUAUCUCUACAGGGUUGAUUAUGGCCACGCACAAGUUGAGCUUUUUUGAAAAAAUUGCCAACACUCUCGGUGUUCUUUAUCGACACCAAGCAAGGCAGUAUCCUCGUCGCUUGGAAAUAUUGAAGGCGGUCUACAAACAUGAACUUGCGCCACCAAAAUCAAGUGAUCUGCCAAUAGUGAAAGCGCAUUCUGCUCAGAUCCAGAAAUACGUUCAGGCCAAGCAGUACCAGUCACUCACAGUGAAGGUAGGAUUAUCAUCCCUGUUUCUUUUUAUUGUGCCUUUUCAGGUCGUUAAUUAUAUCGGGAGCUUUGUUUUAAAAACAUACUCAGAUUUGCGUAAAUAGACUGUACUUUUAAUUUUUGACUAAAUUGAAACUCUUUCCGAUGUGGAAAAAAAUCUUUUUCAAAUUCAUAGUGAUUACCUAACUCGAAUCACAGCCGAUCUGUUUAUUUACCAAAUAUGAAAAGUUCUUUUUCAGGAAGCUUUGGUGUAUGGCGCCGUUGCGUUGGAAGUCGUUUUUUGGUUUUUUGUUGGCGAAAUGAUCGGUCGCCGCUACAUAUUCGGCUACCUUGUCCCCGCCGAUUUUGUUUCUAAAGAAACUAAGAAGGAAGCCAAAAAGGCUGCAUGCUCUAUAAUUUAUAAUCUUUAA